CGCAGAUUUCGGAGCCAUUACGCGUCUACUCUCUGUUCAAUCUAGAUUUUAGAGCGUUGUGUAUCGGCUUGUGUUCAUAAGUAUAAUAUAUAAAAUAUAAAUAACAAUGCUGAACAUAAAGAUUGCAGGAGCAUCUGAAAGAUGCGUCUUUAAAAGUGACGCUCCGCUAACAGUACAUGAAUUACGAAAACAAAUUGAAGAUACGAUAGGAUUUUCAUGUAAUGAAUACUACAUCCUACAAAAUGGCCGACUUCUGCAGGAUGAUGCAAUCUGCUCAGAUGGUGAUACAACUGUUGUUCCAAGACUAUUGGGAGGUAAAGGUGGAUUUGGCUCCAUGUUGCGUGCUAUAGGUGCACAAAUAGAGAAGACCACGAAUCGAGAGGCAUGCAGGGAUUUGAGCGGUCGCAGGUUGCGGGAUAUAAACGAGGAGAAGAGACUGAAAUCUUGGAUCGAAAAGCAGACUAAGAGAGAGAAAGAGGCAGCAGAGCGGAAGAAAAAGAAAUUAGAGAAAUUGUGCGCUGAGCCGAGACAUGAAUUCCAAGAUCAGCGUUAUGAGCAGGAACGAGCGGAACUAACUGAGAGAGUUGGAGACGCUGUAGAGGAGGGUUUCAAAGCCGCUGGCCCAUCAGGCAUUAAGAGGCAACUGGAAGAAGAUUUUAAGCCCAAUAAACGCAAGACUAUAUUAGACCUUGACAUUGAUUCCGAUGAAUUUGAAUCUUCAGAUUUCACUGAUGACAGUGAAAGUGAAGAGGUUGACCAUGACUCAUUGUUCAUUAAAGAAGAUGAGGGAGAAACAAGCAAACAAGAAAAAUUAAAUGAUAAUGGACAUAUCAGCAACGAUGAAAAUGUUAAAAAAGUAGAAGACAAGCCUUCUGAAUCGAUGUGUUUCAUCUUAAACGAUACUUACCUUGGCGAUUACUGGCGUACUGUUGGAGGUUUGAAGCUUGUCGAUAUAACACAGCAUCCUAACUGGCCACUACUGAAGCAUGGCAAAUGCGGCAAUUCCAACAGCGAUCGCAUUAUCGGCGGUAAGAACGCGAGCCUCGGCGCGUAUCCUUGGAUCGCGCGAAUAGGAUACAAAAGUCCUAUAACCGGCGACGAAAUAAGUUACAGAUGCGGUGGCAUCUUGAUCAAUCCAUUGUACGUUAUCACGGCUGCACACUGCGUGGCGAAUCUUCCUAAUAAUUUGGAGAUCGGUGGAAUUCGUCUAGGCGAGCACAACACUCUGACUGAUCCCGAUUGCGAGAAGGAAUAUUGCGCAGAGCCGGUGCAAGAUUUCUUGCCGGAAUCAAUAGUCGUUCACGAGGAUUACGAUAAGCCUCUGUUCAAGAAUGACAUAGCAAUAAUACGGUUGAACAAGCCGGCGGUUUACAACAAUCACGUGAGAGUGAUAUGCAUGAUGAGCGAUGAACUUCUGAAGAAGAACUUUGUCGGCGAGAUGGCGGAAGUGGCUGGUUGGGGAAUAUACGACCUCAUAAUAUUUACGAGUUAUCGAUUCGCAGACGAUCCCAAGCCCAGCAUAAUUCUGCAGACGAUCAAGCUGCCGAUUGUCGAGAUAGACAGGUGUGCGAAGGCUUUCAAAAGUUACACGACUGUAGACGACAAGCAGAUGUGCGUGGGCGGUGUUUUGGGCCAGGACUCUUGCGGCGGCGACAGCGGCGGGCCGCUGAUGAAGGUGGAGAGCCAGGACGGAACACCUCCUAGGUAUUACUUGAUCGGCAUCGUCUCGUUCGGCGCAAAGUUCUGCGGCAGUUCCACGAUGCCCGCUGUUUACAGCAGUAUCGCCAAAUACAUUACAUGGAUCCUAGAUCACAUCUCACCAUGACGAUGUUCA